ACCCACCGCCCAGGGGCGGCUGCGCCGUGCCGCCCCUCCCCAGCCGGCAGCGGCGGGGCUGUGAGGUCGGAGCGGCGGGGAAGAAGGGGAGGGCGGCCCCCGCGGGGGGUCGUCGCCAUGACGAGAGGCUGCGCCGCCGCCGCCGCCGCUGGAGCCGCCGCUGUCCCUUCAGCACCGCGGCGGGAGGAGGCGGCGAUGGCGGGACGCGGGCGGGGGCCGUCAGGGCGCCGCGGCCGCUGAGGGAGCACGGUUUUUACUCCCUGUACACCCCUGGAAGGAGCUCACUAUGACAGGGCAGAGUCUGAAGGCUUUAUCUGAGGCAAAUUUUGAAGACAAUGAGAUCAGCAUCAACGUUGGAGGCUUUAAGAAAAAGAUGAGAUCCAACACAUUGUUAAGGUUCCCCGAGACCAGACUGGGCAAACUGCUGAGCUGCCACUCGAAGGAGUCGAUACUGGAGCUCUGCGAUGACUAUGAUGACACCAAGAACGAAUUUUAUUUUGACAGGAACCCUGAGCUCUUCCCUUACGUGCUACACUUUUAUAACACUGGCAAGCUCCAUGUGAUGGGUGAACUCUGUGUGUUUUCUUUCAGCCAGGAGAUUGAAUACUGGGGAAUAAAUGAAUUCUUUAUAGACUCAUGCUGCAGUUACAGCUACCAUGGGAGGAAAAUGGAGCCAGACCAAGAGAAAUGGGAGGAACAAAGUGACCAGGAAAGUACCACGUCUUCUUUUGAUGAGAUCUUGGCAUUCUACAAUGAUGCCUCUAAGUUUGACAAACAGCCCUUUGGAAACAUCAGGAGGCAGCUCUGGCUGGCUUUGGAUAAUCCUGGCUACUCAGUCUUAAGCCGAAUCUUCAGUGUCCUUUCAAUAGUGGUGGUGCUGGGCUCCAUUGUGACCAUGUGCCUGAACAGCCUCCCAGACUUUCAGAUUGUUGACAGCAACGGGACCCCCGAGGAGGACCCUCGCUUUGAAAUCGUGGAACACUUUGGUAUUGCAUGGUUCACUUUUGAACUGGUGGCGAGAUUUGCAGUAGCUCCUGACUUUUUAAAAUUUUUCAAGCAUGCCCUGAAUUUGAUUGACCUAAUGUCUAUCCUACCAUUUUAUAUUACCUUGAUUGUCAACUUGGUGGUGGAAAGUAGUCCGACCUUGGCAAAUUUAGGCAGGGUUGCACAAGUCCUGAGACUCAUGAGGAUCUUUCGCAUUUUAAAGCUUGCUAGACACUCAACAGGUCUCAGGUCUCUUGGAGCCACCCUGAAGUAUAGCUACAGAGAGGUAGGGCUUCUUUUACUUUACCUCUCUGUUGGCAUCUCCAUUUUCUCAGUCGUGGCUUACACCAUUGAAAAAGAAGAGAAUGAGGGGUUAGCCACCAUCCCUGCUUGUUGGUGGUGGGCUACGGUUAGCAUGACCACGGUUGGCUACGGGGAUGUUGUGCCAGGGAGCACUGCUGGCAAGUUGACGGCAUCUGCAUGCAUCCUAGCCGGUAUCCUAGUGGUAGUGCUUCCCAUUACACUGAUCUUCAAUAAAUUCUCCCACUUCUACAGGCGUCAGAAGCAGUUAGAGAGUGCCAUGAGAAGCUGUGAUUUUGGUGAUGGCAUGAAAGAAGUUCCGUCGGUCAAUUUAAGGGACUAUUAUGCUUAUAAGGUUAAAUCCCUUAUGGCCAGUCUCACCAAUAUGAGCAGGAGUACCCCCAGUGAGCUGAGCCUGAAUGAUUCACUGCAUUAGUGUACAAGUCCGACAGCAGUUUGCAUGAGAACUAUCAAGAGCUAUGUUUAUGAAUGUUUUCCUAUUUGUCUUUUUUUUUUUUUUUUUGUCCUAGAGGAUAACGUUGCUGACACUGCACUAACUUUGCACUUGAGAAACUAAAGAAAUUUAUAUUACAAGUUGGCAGUUUGCACAUCCUCAUCCUGUUGCAUCGGUACUGAAUGCUGACCUUUUCAUACAAGUGUUACCACUCCCAUGGCAUUAGUGCUAGCAGCAUAGUGAUGAUUUGUUACUUUGUGCACUUCCUCAUUUGAGCAGAGAAAUGAGCAUACCCGGGUGGAAUAAAAAUUCUCAGCUGUGAAACUAAUGAUGAACAACUCACCUCGCACCUAUACUGGUAUCUGUACUAGUUCAAGACCAUCACGAGGCAAAUGUGGGACUUCCGAUGCAUUUUAUAACUGUUUUUAAAGAAUCACCUGUAAAUCACUGACACGGGAACACUUUUCCCUAUCUUUCUGAUUGGUAAUUCUGCUCAUCACAUGUCUGAAAACACCUCUGAGCGUCACGUUUCAGUGGAAGUUUGCUUACUCUUUAGCACACGUGUUAAAAACUGGGUGUUUGUUUUGAAAUGCUGUGUACAGUGGUACUUUUUAGAAGCUCCUAAGCAUAGACCUACCUCUGUUUCCAGCAUUAGGUCAACACCGAGCCCUCUGGAGAAGCCCAACCCUCAUUUUCAGAUAGCUGUGUAUUCAAAGACUUCCUCGAGUGACUCUAGGUACGGAGGGCCAUGAAGACAUCUCAGGUUUCUCUUUUCAGAAGGGGUGUGCUCACAGCCUGGUCCCAGUGAAAUGCUUUGCAUUUCAGCCCAUCAAAAUGGUUCUGAGAUCAGCCACACAAAAACGUGGGUUUUCAACAAUUAGGAGCUCCAGUGUAAAAUCUGGAUUUGUUUAAUGAAGAGAAAUAUUCCCACAUGAACAGUACAGGCAGCAUUUUAGGAACUGACAUUCAUAUACUGCAAAAAGACUAAUUAUAAAGUUGCCAUAUGUGAUGCUGAGAUACAAAAUCUAAUUUUAUCAGGCAAGCUUGAAAGCAGGUGUUGAUGGCAGCCAACUCCAUUACGCUUUCUGCCAAGGAAACUCUAAGGGGGAAAAAAAAAUACCCUGCAAGUCACAUUUUCCCUCUGAAAAGAACUCACAAGUUACAGCUAAGAAAGACUGCAAGGGCCUAAGAAAAGAACAGAUACAGAAAAAGAGCUUAAUACUGCACUCACUGUGGGCAGAGCCUCCCACCCGGUGUUGUGACGUAGCCGGUUUAAAUCCUCUCAAGGGCUGGCCUGUACUUUUUCAAGUCGUUUUUUUUUAAGAGAGCAGAUCAUUCUGGGUUCUCAAGAGUAACCCUGAAUCUGCAUAAACUUAUUAUUUGAGUGAUCAGCCUUUUCCCUUAUGUAGUUGUACAGAGAUAAGCACUUGUAGCCAACAGGCAGAGUCCUUACAUGUCUGGUGAUCUGUGCUAUGAAACAAGCUCUUGGCACUCAGAGGGCAGAGCGGCCGUUCUCUUCAAAUCCUGCAGGUUUUCUGCCCCAUUUGUUACACGCUUUGCUACUUUUUUUAGUUUUAUUUUUUUCUUGUGAAGACUGGAGAGGUUCGGAAAAUAAAUUCAAACAGGUUAGAACGGAAAUUAAAAUACUAAAGCUGAAUUUGUCCUGUUUGGAAGCCUGUGCUUGCAUACCAUAAGAAGGAGUGGCACCCAAAUUAAGGUCACCCAACUGGCAGAAUAAAGCAAAUACGGUAUGGAUAUGUCCUGUUUUUUGGACUGUUAGGGGUUGCUGUCUGGUCUGGAUCUUUUGGUGGUGGUGUUGUAUCAACUCCACCUAAAACCAGAAAGCCGAGCACCCAGGAUCAGAUUCCAGUGAUCUGUCAAAGGAAAUACAAUGGGAAAUAACGUACUCCCCACCUUACCCGCUCCCCAAAAUUUCCUUUGAACACCCUCCCCGGCGGUCAAUAAGCCUUGAAUUGUGAGGGAAACGGGUCCUUCCUAGCCUUACCAAAAUAAAACUCCUACAGAUUUCAGCAGAGCCUGCACAAGCCGUGGAGUCAGUAGGCCAGGUGUUGCUCGGUAUCUCCAAACGUCAAAAAGCCGUAUACAUGGCCCUGAAGAUUGACUCGGAUAACCCAAAUUAGCAUCCAAACUUGAGACUUUUUGCUGAGGUUUCUCACUUCUGGAAGGCUGCUUCAAGUUCUCUACUGGGCCAUCACAGGCACAAAUUCAAUAGUCUCGUCCCUUCUCUCGCAUGAGUUUAAACUACCAUACACCUAUAAAUACCCAUCCGAAACACGGCACAGCACUAGGUUACCUGCUGGACUGCGACACUGAAAGAAAUAAGAGAAGGAAGAGAAGGGUUCGUGUAGCACAUCCGCACACUCCAGUCAGGUUAAAUACUGCCAGGGAGGCAAAAAUUGGUGUCGAGGCCAACGCAGCUCCCAUCGGGUGUGUUGCUUUGGGGCCUGCCGAGAACCUCGCUGUAAGCAGUGGGUUUAUCUCAGCUUCACGAGCAGUAGAUUCACGGAGUUCAGAACCAGUGACUUCCAGGGAAGUGAUCUGAGGAGACCUGUAAACUUGCCAAAGAGUCACAAAUUUCCUCAGCUGUUGCAAAUUUAGCAUUGCAAAGGUUGAUUCCAAACCUUGCAACACAUCAUUUCAAUAACCUAUAGCUCAUCUUAUGUUCUGGAUUUAUUACUCAUAGGGCCGAUGCUCUGUCAUUUCUGCAAGUAUCGAAUGGAAUGUGUCCAAAUUGCGUUUUACUAAAGAAAAUGAAAUGCCCCAAGGAAUUAUGACUUUUAUUGUACUGGUUGAAAGGAAUUUUCAUUAUUGCUUUUUUAUAUAAGUGCUUUGGAUCAAAGACACUAAAUAAAUAAAGUACUGAUAUUUAAUAUGUUCUUAUUAUCAUGACAAUGACUUUAUGCAGCACGCAGGAAUUCCCUUCAUAAACUUAACUAGCUCCAUGUUAGUCAGACGCUGCUCCCACUGCUCUGGAAGCGCAUUCCAGAGCUGCGCUGCUCUCCAAGGCUUGUGCAACUUUUAGCAUAAUGUUAUUAACAGCUGCUUUAUGUGAGCCUUUUCUCAUGCCAGCACUCUUCUGUAGCUUAAAUAAUUCCUUUUCCUCCUAGCGGUUGCAUGGGUGAUGUAUAGAUAGACAGCCAUCAAAUGCACUUAGAGGCUUAUCUUCAGGGGUGAUACCUGCCAAGAUCCUUUUAGUUUUCUUUUUGCAAGCCUCAUUCCUCUGAUCAUCCUAGGGGAUGUAGCUUUUUUUUUUUUUUUAUAAAUAUAUUUUUUUUCUGCCUUACUUCUGCUUAGAUUUAAUCUGUUUGAGCUGGCACUGCACAGCGUUGUAUCUUGAAUGAGAUCACUUUAUACAGCGCUAUUAAUAAUUUGCUUAGGCUAACUGAAUUUUUCAUUGAGGAGGAUAACAAUUAUUGCAAGUAAUGUUGUUGUCUUAACUCACCAAAAUUACCUAGGCACUAGGUCCAAAAUUACGAGCCCCAUCCUUCCUGCCAUUCCAUGAAUGAACCUCUUGCUAGUGCUCAGUCCAGUCCGUGGUGGAAAUCUUCAUUUCUCAUUAAACAGAAAAAUGUUUACAUUUUGAUGGAAAACUUCAAUAUCUCACAAGCUUUUUUGGGGUGAAGAGAAUGAGUACUUUUUGAGUAACCAGUACUUGCCCCAGGCUUCUUAAAUCACAGGCUUGUAAGAACAGGGCAUCUUCAGUUAUAAAACUACAGGUCAGAAUCAAAGUAUUGGGGGACUAAUUGGCAACUUUCUCCAGUAUCUGACACUCGAACAUCAUUGUGGUCAACAACCCGCUUACUACGGGUGUGCAGUUUAGUGAAAACGUUGCUCGUGCUACGUGCUCCUCCUGCCCUUUGAUGGUCACCUGCCUGGCAGCAGUGAAAGUGCUGCUACUGCUCUCCUCAGGCUGAAAGCCCCGAAGUGCUUAAAUGAGGAUUAUGGUAAUAUCCCAAAUGGAGAAACUUACUUUUGCCAGGAGUGAACUCUUAGAGAAUCUUGACAUCUAGCACAAAUCUAGGCAAUCAUUCGGAGAUGUCCCCGAGAAGCAAUAUAUUACGUUGUUUUCCUGAGAUGUAAAAUCUAUACAUAGAUUGUGAUUAAGCUUUUUUUGUUACGUUCGGAGUUUGUAUUACUGCCUGUUUUAGGAUUCACAUACUUCCAUCACUUGCAAAUUCUCUUUCCCUGCAGACUACCUUGCCCACUUUGAAAGCAGACUGUCUUUUCUUCCCAUAGUCCAGCAUGAUCUACUUCACAAGGAAAUCUUCAGAACAAAGAACUUUGCAUUUAAUUUUCCAACUUGAAUACCUUCGGUAUUGGUACCUUUUUUUUGUACAGGACUUUAUGAGAUGGCAGCAAACUACAGUAUCUGGUGCUCUUUGUACUGCGUUUCUUGUCCCCAUAGUGUGCUACUCACUCGAGAUCUCAGCAUUGUGCCACGACAUGGAAAUUAAAUGCACAAACUAUGUAUAUUAACACAGAGAUGAAGAAUUUAUUUACAUUUCAGGAUAUUGUUAGUAUAUAUUAUAAUAAAAGAGAAGCCUUCA